AUGUAAAAUAAAUUAAAUUUAUGUGCAGUGUGUUCUUUAAAAACAACGUUAGGAUGUUCUCAAUGUAAAUAAGUAUUUUAUUGUUCUGUUGAACAUUAACGUACACAUUGGACAAUUCAUUAAUAAUCUUGUCAAUCUCUUAAAAAUUAAGAUAAUAAAUAGAUGGAUGAUACAUUGAGUAAGAGUCCUGCAUCUAAGCCAUAGAGAUUAGAAAUUUAAUAGACAGUUUAACCUAAAUCAGAUAAGAAAUUGAUUAUGAAUGAAAGAGAUAUAUUGAUGGAGGAUCAUGAUCGUUAUAGAUAGAUUUCUAUAAGAUUAUUAUCAUAAAGGGAUUAUUAGGAUGGGAUUUAAUAAAUAAGAAAAGCAAUUGAAUUAGCAUAAAAAUUAGAGUUAAUUGGAGGUAAAGAAGACACCUAUGAGAAGAUAGCUGAUUAAAUGUUAUUGGUUAGAGGUAUGAUAAUAUAAAAUGUAGCUUAAAUCAAAUUACUUGAAUUAGAAACAGCCAGGAAAACAUUAAUCACAAUUUUUGAGUAGGUCAAAUAAUUGACUUAAACAUAAUAAAAGAAUGAUUAAAUAAAAGUGUCAAACAUUCUUAAAGUUAUGGCCUAAUUAUUCUAUGAGACUGGAGAUUAAAGAUAAUGUGAGUAAGCAUACGUUGAGUAUACAUUAAUGAUAGAGAAAUGUUAUGGAGAAGAAGUAAAUAUAAAUUAUUAUUAAUUUAGAGUAAUUAGACAGGUAAUGCUUACUUUUUAGUUGGAACAUUCUAUUUGUAACACAAACAUUAUACAUAAGCUUUAGCAUGUUUUAAAAGAGCUUUAAAUAUUAGAUCUAAUUUCAAUCCUAAUAUGGAAAGUGUAAGUGAUUGUUGGUAUAAUAUGGGUGUAAUCUACAAACAACAAAAUAAGAAAGAUUAAGCAAUCGAUUUUUUAGAGAAGGCUUUAAAAUUAAGAAGAUAAAUUAUUGGUUAGAAUUCUUUACAAGCUGCUGUUUGUUUAGAAACCUUAGGUAAAUUACAUAUCUAAUAUAAUGAACAUUAAAAUGCUUAUAAUAGAUUAUAGGAAUGCUUUAACAUAAGAAAAUAAUUGCUCAAAAAUCCAUAACAUUAAGAGAUUGAAAGAGUCUCUAAACUUAUUUCGAUUUUAUAUUAGAAAUUAUAAGAACCAAGUUACAACAAAUAAAAUGCAAAUUUAUAAGCCACUAUUUUAGAGAAUAAUUAAAACAGAACUUUAGAAUUUGAGGAAUCUGAGAAACAAGAAAGAAGCAAUUCCUCUCCUUCAAGAAAGAGAUCCUAAUUAAAAAGUGAUCAAAAGUUAUCAUAAUUAUUGAAUAUUUCAACUAAUCUUUUAGAAUCUUUUAGCAUUGAUUAAUUAAUCCAAUUGAAAUUAUUGCAAUAAGAAUUAAUCAAAUAUAAGAAUAGAUAGGAACAACAAUAAAUUAUUAUAGAUAGUUAAUUUAUGAAUACUUUAUCAUCUAUCUAAUACAAUCUAUUGAGAGAAUAAAACCCAUAUAUGUUUCAACAAUUGCAAAUUACAAAGCAAGAUGAGUUAUAGAGUGAAUAUGAAAGUGAAAGCAAACCAUCUAUUGAUCAAAAGAUGUAUACAUCUAAUCAAGGUAAGAUAUAAUUGUGAUGAUUAUAUAUUUAAUAGAGCGUUAACAAAAGAUUAUCCAGCUUCUAGGAGGCUUUCGGAAAUUAUUAAACUGAAGUCUACAACAAUCAAACUGUAUAUCUAUUACAUAAUCUUUAGGAUGUGAAAGAGAGAAGUGAUUCAAGAAAAAAGACUUUUACUUUUUAUCAAAAUAAACAAUGA